AUGGCUGGAAUGGCAAUUAAUUUAAUUCGUUUAGAUGAGGUGUCAAUCGUUGCAGCUAUUCUUGGAAGUUUUAUUAUUUGCUUUGGACUUGUUUCAUUCUUUGUUAAAGAAAAAUUAUAUUUAUCAGAAGCAUCGUUAAAAAUAUUUGAUCCUAACAAGUGGGAAAACACUGAUGAAGUAACACUUGGUUUUACUCGAAUAGCUAUUUCGAUUCAAGUAAUGUUUUCUGGUGUGGCAUUACCAAAAGCUUACCUUUUCAAAGAAAUGAAAUCAUUGUUUGUGUUACUUACACUUGUUAUGACUUAUAUGUGGCUUGUCAGUGGCCUAUUAAUUUGGGGAUUAAUACCAAAUCUUUCAUUUUUGGAAUCUUUGGCAAUUGCUGUUUGUGUAACACCUACAGAUCCAAUUUUAGCAAAUUCAGUUGUUAAGGGUAGAUUUGCAGAAAAACAUGUCCCAAUACAUGUAAGAAAUAUUUUAUCAGCUGAAAGUGCAUCUAAUGAUGGACUUUCAUACCCAUUUUUCUACUUGGUUAUCUUUUUAUUGAAUGAACCAUCUGUCGGGACUGCGAUUGGUAAAUGGAUUCUAUUGGCAUGUCUUUAUCAAGUUGCAUUAAGUAUUGUUAUAGGAAUAGUUGUAGGGUAUAGUGCAAAAAAAUUAUUAUAUUUUUCUGAAAAAAGACAAUUAAUUGACAAACAAUCAUUUUUAGUAUUCGCAAUAGCUUUAGCUGUAACUUGUUUUGUUGCUGGUGCAGUAUUUUCAUGGGAUGAUUGGUUUAGAAGAGAGACAGAAGAAGCACAUUUACAAGAAGUUAUUGAUAUGUUGCUUAAUUUAGCAAUUUUUGUUUACAUUGGUGCAAUUAUACCUUGGUCAACAUUUGUUGGUGGCAUAACUGAAAUAACAUUAUGGAGAUUAUUUGUAUGUUCAAUAUUGAUCCUGUUGUUUCGUAGAUUACCUGCUAUUGUAGCAUUGAUGCAUAUUAUACCUGCAAUUAAAACUUAUCGUGAAGCUGUUUUCACUGGAUGGUUUGGACCAAUUGGCAUAGGUGCAAUUCAUUAUGCUAUAAAAGUUAAAAAUGAGAUUUCACCUGAGGGAAAAGAUUCACUUCUAAAAGAUUCAGUUGAACCAGCUUUAGUAAAAAUUUCAAAAAGAAUAAAUACAAGAACACUAACUACUGGAUCAUUAAAUAAUCAAGUUUCAAGAUUACCUGUUAUUAACUUUGGAACCCAGAUAUUAUUCAAAAAUACCAAAACAAAUGAACAAGAAUCAUCAAAUGAUUCAGCCACAAUCUCAGUUGAUACAAAUUUAGAUCAAGAUGAAGAACAGCAAGUUGAAGAAGAUAAUAAAAAUCAAUCACAAAUAGAUGAUGAUAAAAAU